AUGUCCGUGUUUUGGUUCGGAUAUGAAUACCAAACCAUGCAGGUGAACGGCCAGCGGUUUAUCGGUCCCCCGCAGGACAUUCCGGAACCACCGUACGAGUGGGAACUAUUCGUCAAGCACCUGCCACGGCACAUAUUCGAGCAGGAGCUGAUUCCGCUGUUUUCGACGGCCGGCUUCGUGUACCAGAUUCGGCUGCUGAUGUGCUUCUCCGGCCUGAACCGUGGCAUCGCGUAUGUGCGCUACACGAACGAGGAUGACUUCCAGCGGGCAUUGGCCAUGUUUCACCAGCUGCCACUGGGGCCCCGAUUUGUGCUGUACGCCUGCAGAAGCUUGAACAUGCGGAAGCUGGUGCUGCUGAAUAUUGACGAUGGAGUGAUGAACCAGGUGCUCCAGGGCUUUGUCGAGGCUAUUAGUGGAGGCAGUUGCGUGUACAUCGGUUAUCGGGUGUUCGAUCCGAGCAAGAAGUUUGCCAUCAUUCAGUUCAGAUGCCACUACGAAACGGCCCUAGCCAGGCGGAAGUUGAUGGGGUACUUGACGUGCUUCGGAGACGAUUGCUACCUGAAGUGGUACAAUCGGGAAAAAUAUCUAAAGUGA